AUGCCUCGUCCUCAUUUCGUAAUUCCCGCCCAUCUACCUCCUCUUCACCUUUAUCGACACAUCCUUCGCGAAGCAUCGUAUCUCCCUCCAGCAAUACGUCCAGAGGUUACGCACCGCGUUCGCACACGAUUUCGAAGCCAUCGAAAAUAUGAUCGCCACCAAAACAAGCACCGUGCCACUGCGGCCAAUUUUCUGCGUAGAUUGAGAGCAGCAAACAGUGGCAAGCAAACGCUCAUGGAAGACUUGAUAAUGGAUGCCUUUGGUAGAACAGGGGCCCGAAGGCGAAGCCUGCUUUCGCACUUCAUACAGCUCGAACCUCCCAGCAACUCGGAUGCUUUGGAGGCCUUGAUCCAAGGAGUUGAAGUGCACGAAAAGCCUCCAGAAAUGGCCGAGCUUGAAGCAACUAAGUUGCAAAACGAUUCCUCUUCACCUAAACCAGCCGAAACAGCGACAGGAAGUCAAAACUCUACGAAUUCUUCAAAGGACACGAACGAAACACCAGGCAAUGGAGAAGAACCAAAACGAAAGCAAAUCUGCCUCCAACCCGAUUCAAAAGUCCCUGCUCAAACCAUCUGGGGGAAACCACCAACUCCAAACAUAUAUCAAGCCAAGCGAGCAAAAUUCUGGAAGCGCAUUUCAGACAAAACGAUGCCACCAGUUGGAAAAGACGAAUGGGAUCUCUUAGGCCGACUCAGCAGCGGCGCUCAACAGGAAGAUCAGUGGAAAGUCCCAGAAAGACGGCCUGUUGCGAAGCCCUCACGCGGUGCUACUACCAAGUCUGAUGCCUGGGAUUGGGAGGGCUAUGCUUCUCGACCCGCCCCUCAGGUUGGGCGUCAGAGUCGGCUUUCCGCCUAUGCUUUGGUUGGACGGGAUAUGGAAAAGCAUCCAUACCAGCCAAAGUUCAAUCAUCAGGAGUAUUCGCCCAGAUGGUAUAGGCGUACUUAUCAACGAGUCUGGCAGUUCACCCCGAAGAUGGAUCCAAAUUCAAAGCCCGACAGGCUCAAGUAUAUAUGGGGUGCUUUGACAACCCCCGCGGUCCCCCCUACAAAAGCGCAACUGGCUAUCUUCGAGGGCGCCGAUAGCAAGGGUAAAAAGCUAGAACCCCCCUCCCGAUCUCAACGGGCGCCAUACUCACAAUCAAGGACUGCGGCCAACCCUCUUGAGACGCAGAAGUCAUAG